AUGGAUAGGGCUUGGAUGCAUAUUGAAGAUAGGAUGCGUUCCAACGAAUAUGCUGAGGGCGUAAAAAAAUUCAUAGAUAUGGCGAAGGCCCGUGCACCGGGGAGAGACUGCAUUAGGUGUCCAUGUAAGCGAUGCCGAAAUCGAUCUUUCCAUCCUAUCUCUAUGGUUGAGGAUCAUUUGUUCAUUGUCGGGAUAGAUACAUCUUAUACAGAAUGGAUAUUCCAUGGCGAGGAGGAAACUUUGCAAUACACCACAUUGUCGGAUGAAGAGGGUAUUGAUGACUAUUCCUACAAUGACUACAUUGAUGAUGUCGACGAGAUGUUAGAUGACAUCCGUGUUGGAUCCUUCAUGGACAAUUCCUCUAGUCCAGAAGGUGAAGCAGACCGAGUUCCCCAAGGACACACCGCUCAUACUCCAAUACCCCCUAACUUCGAUGAGUUGCUAGAUGAUGCCAAAAUGCCACUCUAUCCAAAUUGUUCUAAGUUCUCAAAGCUAUCAUUCAUAGUCAAGUUGCUUCAUAUAAAGACUGUUGGUGGUUGGACUGUGAAGUCGUUUGACAUGGUUAUCAAGCUGUUGCAAGCUGCAUUUCCUCAAGCACAUUUCCCUACCUCAUAUAACGAGGUUCGCCAAUUACAACGUGGUUUGGGCUUUAGUUACAAAAAGAUACAUGUAUAUCCAAAUGAUUGUGCCUUAUUUUGGAAAGAGAAUGCUGAGAAGGAUGAGUGCCCUAAAUGUAAUGCAUCUAGGUGGGCCUCAAGCACAUCUACCCAACAUAGGUUACCCAAAAAAGUCCUCCGAUAUUUCCCUUUGAAGCCGCAGUUGCAACGAUUGUUUGUGUCAAAGAAGACUACCUAA